CCUCUUCCUUCCCUUCAGCGACGCCAAACAAAAGACCGAAACCAAAACGCCCGACUCGACGCGCUCCCCCCUCUUCCCCCGGCGCCCUCCUCUCCUCCGCCUUCCGGACGCAAACCCUAACCCUAGAUGGGCGCCGUCACCUCGACGGUCGCGGCCCGCUUCGCCUUCUUCCCGCCGAGUCCGCCGUCUUACGGGGUGGAGCCGCCCCCUGCCGCGGCGGGUGCUGGUGAGGGGGCGGAGGAGGAGGAGAAGGAGGGGAAGGGCGGCGACAAGGCGGUGGAGCUCACGGGCGUCCCGCGGAGGAGCAACGUGGAGGCGCGGCGGCUGCGGACGAAGCGGGGCACGGAGGUGGUCGCGAUGUACGUGCGGCAGGCCGGCGCGAGGCUCACGCUGCUCUACUCUCACGGCAACGCGGCAGACCUGGGCCAGAUGUACGAGCUCUUCGUCGAGCUCGGCGCGCACCUCAACGUCAACCUCAUGGGCUAUGACUAUUCUGGUUAUGGGCAAUCUUCUGGGAAGCCUAGUGAGCAAAACACUUAUGCUGAUAUAGAAGCUGUAUACAGAUGCCUCAUAGAAACUUAUGGAGCUUCUGAGGAAAAUAUCAUUCUUUAUGGUCAAUCAGUGGGUAGUGGUCCUACUUUGGAUUUAGCCUCCCGCUUAACUCGUUUGAGAGCAGUUGUUCUACAUAGCCCAAUUUUAUCUGGCUUAAGAGUGAUGUAUCCUGUAAAACAUACGUACUGGUUUGACAUAUACAAGAACAUCGACAAAAUUCCAUUAGUCAGGUGUCCCGUACUAGUGAUACAUGGUACAGCUGAUGAAGUUGUUGACUGUUCCCAUGGGAGGGCAUUGUGGGAACUUGCUAAAGUGAAGUAUGAGCCGCUAUGGAUCAAAGGAGGAAACCACUGUAAUUUGGAACUCUACCCAGAAUAUAUUAAGCAUCUGAAAAAGUUUGUUGGAGCCAUAGAGAAAUCGCCACCCCCACCCCCACCCCCAAAUGAUGAGUCUUCAAAGAGCUCAGGUCCGUCAGAUUGUACUCCAACAGAACCUGAAUGUACAAAGGAAUCAGGGAAAAGCACAGAUUGCAGGGAGAAAACAAGGCCAAGCAUAGAUCACAGACAUAGUAUAGAUCGGCAGGAUAAACCAAGGGGCAGUACAGAUAGGAGGGACAAAAGCAGAAAGAGUGUAGACCAUCCUGAGAAACCGCGGGCUAGUGUUGAUCAAUCCGAUAGGCCAAGGAAAAGCAUUGACCGGUUUGGAGGGAUGAUGAAGUCGGUCAGGCUGUGCAAUAUCGACUGUUUCAAAGUGACAACAACUUCUGGGAGCUGAGAAAUACCAAAGAAGUUAGUGUUGGGACCCGUCUGUAUGUAUUCCCUUCGUGUAACUUAUUCAAUUGGGUGAUUGGUUUGGCUCUAGGAGGUGUAUUUCAUACAAUGGGGGCUUGUAUUGUUUCCGUUGAAUUGUUAAUUUCUAAGAUGAAAUAAUGUGUUGAUAAGA